UUAUAUUCUUUUUAUGAAUUGGACGAAUUAUUAUCAGUCGGUUGUUGCGUCUUUGAUCGUUCCAGUUAACACAACUUGUCAAGUCAUACUCCAAGCACUUCCUAAAAACAUACAAAUACAAGAUAGUUGUAGUUUUUAUGAACAAGUCCUAUUCAAAGAAGAGUCUUUACACGAUAUUUCUAGAGGUGGUUUUACGAGUGUUUGGUUACCUCCACCAAGUAAGAGUGUACAACUAGAAGGUUAUUUACCAGGUGGUCUGUAUGAUUUGGACUCCUUUUAUGGUUCCCAAGUAUCGUUGGAACGACUAGUGCUUGUAUUGAAAGAACGUGGGUUGCAAGUUUGGAUAGAUUGGCCACUCAAACGUCGAUGUUUAAAAGAACAAGAUCCAACUACGCGCAGUCAUAUGUUUGUUACGAGACCUAUAUGGACCGCAGAUUGUCUAAAAUAUGCUUUUUCAAGUUUUCAUCGAACAACAUCCCAUGUCGGAUAUCCAAAGUUGUUGGUUCGUUCUACUAGUCAUAAUGGAUUGGAUACGACCAUUCCUGUGGAUUUGAAUAAUAGCAAAGUACGUCAAGACUUGUUGCAGUGGGUAAGUUGGUUGGAAAAUCAGUUGAGUAUGGAUGGAGUGGUAUGUGAUGGAGUGCAAAUGGAAGAUAUUCCUUUUCUCUUGGAAUUGAUAAAACAUGAAGAGUCGAGAUGGAAAGCAAUAUCUCCACAACCUAUGCUUUCCUUAUCUUCUCCCACAUAUGAAGAAGAAGAAAAAGAAGAAGAAGUAGAGCAACCAUCAUUUCUAUCAUCAUCUCAAGAGAGAGAGUGGAAGGAACCUUUUAUUUAUUCGCCUCUCACACCUAAUGAGUAUUUAUCUAUUGCACUAGUUAAAGUAGAGUUUAGUCAAGAUAGUGAUGGUCGUUUAGCUUAUGACCAAUCUUUAGCUACUGAACAAUUGUUUGAGUUUAUUCAGUCUACUCAUCGUAGUUAUGCAUUGAUAGAUACAGUCAGUAGAACUAUAUUGGAAACUGCACUUAUCUUUCAAGAGUAUUGGAGAUUAAUAGAUAAGGAAGCUCGUUUGGUUGGUUUAUUGGGACGUGCGAGUGACCGAGCUAUUACCGUAUUGAAUAUGGUAGAUUUAUUAGCAAAUAUGGAAAGAGAAUAUGUAGAAACUGGAGGAGGUGGUUGGGUGAUAUGUAAAACCCAACGUUGUGAUUUUCCUGAUGCUCAUAUACUCAAAGGUUAUGCUUAUCUUUUAACGCAUCCUGGAAUUCCUUGUAUACAUUGGGACCAUUAUUUUGAUGAAAGAUGGAGACAAGGUAUCGAAGAGUUGAUACAAGUUCGUAGAGGAUGUCAUAUUCAUGCUUCUAGUACAGUAUAUAUUGAAAGUGCUUGUGCAGAAUAUUAUGCAGCUUUUGUGGAUAAACACGUGGCUGUCAAGAUUGGUAGAGGAGAUUGGCAUCCUAACGGACCUUGUUGGGAACUAUGUACUUUUGGUUGGGAAUAUGCUGUAUGGAAGCGAAAGUAAUAAUAUACAGUUGGAUAAAAAGAUAAAAAACGCUAUGAUUCAGUUUCUUCCUUCCAGAAGACCGAUCCAAAAUGAGUCCAAGGGACACUCUCAUGUAGCAUUCGACGAUGAUUGUCAAUGUGUGAU